CCCACCAACCCCACCUCUCGAUUUUGCCCUUCAGCAGCAGCUCCUAAAGGAGCGGAGAUGACGGACACAAUGAGCCUCAAAGAGACUUCAAACCGGCAGCUGCGGCUAAAGCUGACUAACUUGGGGCGUCGUGUUGACGAACUGGAGGAGGCUACCAAAACCCUGCACCGAACAGAGGACGAGUUAAUGGACCUGCAGGAUAAAGUCAUCCAAGCUGAAGGCAGCAACUCCAGUCUACUGAGCGAGGUGGAUAUCCUGCGCAAGAGGGUACUUACCAUCGAGGGGAAGGACGAGGAGGUCAGGAAGGCUGAAGAUAUGUGCAGGAACUUGAAAGACAAACUGGAGGCCGAGGUUAAGCUGAGCAAAGACCUCAAGGUGGAGAUUGAGAAGCUGCAGGACAGGAUGGCGGAGCUGGAGAAAUUGGAGGAGGCAUUUAAUAAAAGUAAAUCGGACUGCACUCAACUGUGCCUGAGCUUGAACGAAGAGAAAAACCUCACCAGGAAGCUGAUAACAGAGCUGGAGGUCCUUCGAGCCAGGGUGAAGGAGCUGGAGUUGUCGGAAAGUCGACUCGAUAAGUCGGAAAAAAACAUUCUCGAAGAGCUAGAAAAAUUAAAGUCUUUUGCUGUCAUUUUGGCAGAGGAACGGAAAGCCAUGAAUGAAACAUUGAAGCUAAAGGAACUAGCUAUCCAGGACCUUACAAAGAAAUUGGAACAAAACAAUAAGAUAAAUGUGGCAGAUCAAAGUCGGAACUCCUCAAAUGUCAGGACAAAUGUUAAUGAGAAAACAUAUAAUUAUUCAGGGGACAGAGGUGAACUCAGGAUUGAGGAAAACAUGACAACUGGCCUGUCACCUAAAGGCAACUUGGCAAAGAAAGGUUUGGACUCUCUAACUAUAACACACAAUGUUGGACUCAGAAACAAAGGAGGCCAAGAGGGUCAGGAGGACAACAAAAUUAAGGAUCUCACUCAAGAAAUAGAAAGGUUGAAGAAACGUCUGAAAUUGCUCGAGAUGGUGGAGGAGGACCUGAAGAAAACAGAAGCAAAACACAACGAGUUACAAGAGAAGUAUCUGAGUGAGCAGAACAAAGCCAAAAUGCUAGCUGAUCAGAUCGAGGAGAUGAAAUUGCAAAUGGCGAGGAACAAAGCCUUGGAAAAUGGUGAGAGUGCACACCAGGAGAUUCGUAUUAGGUCUCGACAGGACAAAACAAAAUAUAAAAGUGUUGCAGCAGAGCCACAGGUCCUGAAAGAGAAGACUCAUGAGACUUCGUAUCAGCCACGGUCACAGAGGGAGAAAAUGAGAAACAGAGACUUGUUGCUAGAGGAUGACAAUAUGGGGAAAAGUUACAGGCGUCCUCUCAGCCCCAGUGCAAGUAGAAGAUUUCAAAGGCCCUCUUCAAACCCAAGAACAGCAGCUUCCAAUGAAAAGAAAUCCGAAGAUAAGUCUUCUGUAAACAGCUAUUGCUCUACGCAGAAAGAUCAGGACCUGCACUCCGAGAAGCUUAAGAAACCCAGGGAGCCACCAUCAGUGCUGAGUCGCUAUCCUCCAGCAGCCAAUGAGCCCAGUGUAAAGAGACCCUGGAACACCCAGAGUAAACAGAGUGAAAAUGAACCAAAGAGUAAACCAGAGAAAGCAUCUAGAGACUACAGUGACUUGGAGCUAUCGUCAGCACUUCCUGAAAGACAGAAAAGGACUCUCAGCUCUUUACACAAUUCUGAAAAUGAGAACAUGAUGGCUCAGGAUGAGGUGAACGAUUCUGGAGAUGACUCAUCGUCCACGGGUCCUGCUGUUAGCCUUUUGAAUGGAACGGUUCCCUCUUAUAGGAAUCAUACAGCUUCUCCAACAUCUAACAGUGAGCCCAAGAAUGCCUGUCUGGUUGAGGUUGAAGUACCACUAAGUACCAGCAAUGAAUCCACUGCAAUAAAGAUGGCAGAGAAAUUGGCAACACGUGAAGAGCCAGAAGCCACUAUGGAAGUUACGUCUGCGACAGCAAGACCACGCAGGUUAAGGUACUUGCAUUCAUCAAGGUCCCGGGCCACGAGUAUGGAGAACACGGACAUGAAAUGUAACACAGGUGAGGAGCCACUCAAAUAUAAACACACCGAAGCCAUCGCUUCAGAGGAUGUGAAUGUGAAUCAAAAUCCGGGCCCAGAGUUGAAAAGAGUUUGUAGCCCGAGAGAGGGGCUGAGAUCCAAAGCAAUUAUCAAGCCUGCCAUCAUUGCCAUAGAUAAGAAGGAAGUGAUGACAACUGGAACAGAGCCAAGCGCCGGAGAGCACAGUCUCUCACCAAAAAGUGUGCCAAAUAAAGUGACCAGUAGCAUCACAAUACAUCCAUCAGACCUGCCUUUUCAAAGGGUGAAUAACACUGCAAUGCCAAAGGAAAAACAUACUUCCACAAGCAAUAUUACCAUCAGUUCAAGUGAAAUGCCUUUACAAAGGAGCAAUAUUAGUAUUCCUUAUGAAAUAUCAAUCCGUAGAAGUGAUAUUACAAUGAAGCCAUCGGAGUCAGAUAGUUGCGAUGAAGAUGAGACUGAAUCGGUGUCUGAGAUGUCGGUUAGCAGCAAUAUUACAGUAAAGUCUCCUGAGUGUGCUGAUCAUGACAGCAGUGUAACGUCCUACACAUCGAGGAGGAGGUAUCGCACAGCUAACCAAGCAGAAACUGAGUCAAAAAGUCUCUCUAUGGAUCCACUGGAGAGAGCUUCAUGGAGAAACAGCCGUACUGUAGCCCAGGUGGAACCCACUAAAUAUGAGAAUGAUCCUGGCAUGGAUUUUUCUAGAGUAACUGUAAGGAAAGCGAGUCGUACAAACGUCUCAAACGAGGCAGCCGAGCGGAACAGCAGCACGAGGGGAGCCUUAAUUGACGGGUACGCAAAGAAGGUGAAUAGCUUUUCAAAUUCUCUGGACUUGGUGGAGGCUAAAAGCAGCCUCCCAGCAGAAACCCCUCUACAUCGGAGCUAUGUCAGUGCAACAGAAAGUAUCAUACGAAGGAAGCAGAACUCCACAGUGGCAUCCAAAGUAGCAGAUUGGAAUAACACCUGUUCAUUGACAGGGCAGGACAGCUCAGACAUACACUCUGCACUCAACUCCAGCUUGCUGUCAAAGCGAAAAGAAAUAGCAAAGCAGAUCCUGUCAGAUAUCGCCACGGAGCGAGUGCCAAGGAGUGAAACUGUGGGCAAGAGGCAAUCGGUGAAACUUGAACUGAGAAGGAAUCCUACGGGCAGUGCCCCCCAUCAGACUGCUACCAGGACUGAGGACAAGACCCCUAUAGGUAUUCUGUCCCAAAUAAGGAUGACCUCAAGACGGUGAAGCCUCUGGUACUGAUCUUCAAAGUCGCACUACAGUUUUUAGUGUUAAUAAAGCACUGUACAAGCUUCUGCAAUAUAGGGAUCAUCUUCAUCCUGUACACUCUCUGAACUAAAGCAAUCAUAUUACACCUAUAUUUUUCUAGAAAUGAUUACAUUUGGAAGUAGUUCUACCAGCUGUUCGCAAUAGAUGGG